AUGGCCGCGAUUAUUCGAGUACUCGGCCUGGCCCUGGCCGUCCACGCGGCGCGCAGCGACACCUGCGACGGCACCUGCGACGCCCGCACCAUCAACGGCAGCGCCGCCUGCGGCCUCGAGCUGCUGCCCUGGGAUGGCAGCUUCGGGGCGACCGUCGCCACGCCCAUGCGCGACAUCGUCGACGCGCCCUGCCUCCACGACGCCGUGCGCGCGGCCUUCGCCGCGCACCGCCUGCUGCGCUGGAGCGGCGAGGCGCUGGCGCCCGACGACGAGCUCGCGUUCAUGAAGCUGCUGCCCCACGACGGCAGCCCCGGCGCCGCGCACGGCCCCCAGGGCGUCGCGGGCGUCGACGCGGAGAAGUACGCGCGCUGGCGAGUGCCGGCGCGCGACGAGAUCCUGCUCCAGGGCGAGGGCUUCGUCCCCGCGGGGCACCACGGCGUCCCCGAGGGCCACCUGUCGAGCGGGAAGCCCAUCAAGGAGUGGCACACGGACGGCCACUACGAGGCGCGGGAGCCGUCCAUCGCGACGUCCAUGUACUGCGUCUCCGUCAAGCCCGUCGGGGGCGACACGCUCUUCAUGGACGCGCGCGUGAUCUACGACGAGCUCGACGACGCGGAGCGCGGCGUCUUCGACUGCGCGGACAUUGAGUACUCCAGAUCGCCCGUGUCGAUGCACAGCUCGGGCUACCGCGCGCUCCUCGAGGGCGAGUCGGCGGCGUCGAACGUCGGGAGCUUGUACGCGGAGGGCGCGGGCCGGGCGCGGGCGCCCGGCGCCACGCACCCGGCGGUCUGGGUGCUCCCCGACGGCGACGGCCGGCGAAGCCUCCCGCUCGCGCCCAUGUGGAUCGACAAAUUGAACAUCAACGGCACGACGCUCGCGGGCGACGAGCUCCAGCUCCUCGUCGCGAAGGUCCUCGCGCGCGGCGAGCGGUCGCUCAAGACCUACGCCUGGACGCCCGGCGACUUCGUCGUCUGGGACAACCGCGCGCUCCUGCACUCCGCGACCCCGAACGACGGCUUCUCGCCCGAGGGGCUCCGCCUGCUCCACCGCAUCCGCCUCGCGGGCAACCUCGCGCCCGCGAGCCACGCGCUCCAGGGGCUCGCUAGCAACCCGAGCGCCAUGACGCCGCAGAAGAUGAGGCAGAGAGGGACGGACCCCGCCAAGAUGUGCGCCUUCUUCCACCGCGACGGCGCGGGGAACUGGCACCCCUUCUCCGACGCGGAGAACGCCCUCCUGGAGCGGGCGCACGCCGACGGCGCGCCGCGCUGCCGGUUGCCGACCAUGGGCGCGAACCCGGCGGGCCACCGCGACUUCGAGGUGCGCUUCGGCGCGAACGCGACGAGCGCGCGGAUGCCGGCGGCGCCGGACACGGGCAUGAUCCAGGUCAACGUGGAGAACGGGAACACGCGGAUCGUCCGCCGCGACGCGCCGGCGGCGCCGGACCCCUUCGGCGCGGCGAUCCAGCUCACGCAGGACUUCGCGUCGAGCAGCGCCAUGUACGGCUGGAUGCUUCGGAAGAAGCUGAGCGGCUGGCGCCGCGGCGCGUGGCAGCGGCGAUUCUACGUCCUCGCGCCGCGGUCCGGCGCGCUGCUCUACUUCACCAAGGGCCUCCACACGCGCGAGGUCCAGCUCUGCCGGUCCGCGGACCCGGCGGCGCCCCAGGCCAAGGGCACGAUCCUCCUGCGGAACGCCAUGAUCCUGCCCGAGACCGUCGACGACGACCGGCCGCACUCGUUCUCCAUCGUCGUGCCCGGCGCCGAGUACCACGUCUCGGCCCACUCGGCGCAGCUCAAGGAGGACUGGAUCAAGCAGCUCAUCAAGGUCGCGCGCGGCGAGCCCCUCGACCCGCCCGCCGGCGCGCCCGCGCCCGCGCCGCCGCCCGCGGCCGCGCCCGCCGCCGCGCCGCCGCCGCCGCGCGACGCCGCGGGGCCCCAGGCGACCUGGCUCGGCGUCGCCGGCGCCAUGAGCUUCUCGAGCGCGGGCGACCGCCGCGGCGGCGCGACGCUGCCCCUCGGCACGCCCUCGGGCGCCGUCCCGCUCCCGGCCGUGCCGGCCGCCGCGGCGUCCGCCGCGGCGUCGGGCGCGGCGUCCGCGGCCUACGCCGCCAUGCCGCCGGCCGCGCCGCCGUCCUACGCCGCCGCGCCGCCGCCGCCCGUCGCCGCCGCGCCGGACCCCUUCGCGAGCCUGCCCGUGCCGACGCUCGACCCCGCGCCGCCGCCGCCCGCGCCGGCCUACGCGCCGCCGCCGAAUCCCUACGCCGCGCCGCCGGAUGCCGACGCGCCGCCGCCGGACGCGCCGCCGCCGGACGCGCCGCCGCCGGACGCGCCGCCGCAGCUGCCGUCGCCGCUGCCGUCGAAGCCGUCGACGGAGGACAUCGCGGAGUCGUUCGGCGCGGUGCUCCAGGUCUCCGGCGGCGACGCGGCCGGGUCCGCGGCCGAGGAGCACAGCGAGUGCCCCGUCUGCUUCGACGAGCUCCACUCGCGGCCCUGCGGCGUCCUCCUCGGCGACGGCGGCCGGCGCCUCUGCACGCACAUCGUGCACCUCGACUGCCUCAAGGACCUGCCCUCGGGCCGCGGCACGGGCAAGCCGCUCUGCCCGCUCUGCCGCCGCGAGAGCGGCGCCAUCGUGCCGCUGCCGUCGCUCUUCGCCGAGCCGCGGCGGUGGUUCGACCUGCUCGACGUCGAGGGCGACGGCCGCGUCGAGCCCGACGACGUGCUCGCGACGCUGAAGUCGCAGCUGCCGCUCGACGAGUCCGCGCUCGACGACAAGUGGGACGAGAUCUGGGACCACUUCGACAUGGACGGCACGGGCACGCUGUCCUACGACGAGUUCGUCGACGAGGAGCGCGGCCUCCGCGCGUUCCUCGCGAAGUUCGACAUCGGCGACCGGAUGGCGGCCGCGCCGCCGGACGCGCCGCGGCCGCCGCCGCCGGACAUCACGGCGGACAAGGAGAAGUGGUUCGAGUACUGGGACGAGGACGGCUCGGGCGCCCUCGACGAGGGCGAGAUCCUGCGCGCGCUCGUGCACAGCCUCGAGCUCCGUGGCGACCGCGAGAGGGUGCAGAACGUCGCGGAUCUCGUCAAGGCCGUGCUCGCCGCCUGCGACCUCGACGGCAGCGGCCAGAUCAACAAGGCCGAGUUCCUGGCGCCGCGCGUCGGCCUGGGGGACGUCAUCGUCGAGAAUCUGGGGUUCUUCGCGACCGGCGGCGGCGGCGCCGCGGCGCCGCCCGCGGCGCCGCCCGCGGCGCCGGCGCCCGCGGACGCGCCGGCGAACUUCGACCUCACGGUGCGCACGAACGGCGGCCGCGCCUACUCGUCGCGGGACCUCCCGCCGGGCACGGUGACGCCGGACACGACCGUCGGCCUGCUCAAGGACAUCGUCGCGCAGGUCCACGGCGAGACGUCCGUCGCGCACGUCAAACUGAUCAACCGCGGCAUCGCGCUCCGCGACGACGCCGCGUCCCUGCGGGACGCGGGCGUCCGCGAGGGCGACACGCUGAUGCUCGUGGUCAUGCAGGGCGCGGGCGCCGGGCGGAUCGGCGCGGCGCCCGCGGCCGCGGCGCCGCCCGCCUACGGCCAGCAGGCGCCGUCCUACCAGCAGCCGCAGCAGCCGUCCUACGGCCAGUCGUCCUACGGCCAGUCGUCCUACGGCCAGUCGUCCUACGGCCAGUCGUCCUACGGCCAGCCGCCGCCGUCGCCCUACGGCCAGCAGGCGCCGUCCUACCAGCAGCCGCAGCAGCCGUCCUACGGCCAGUCGUCCUACGGCCAGCCCUCCUACGGCCAGCCGCCGCCGUCGCCCUACGGCCAGCAGGCGCCGUCCUACCAGCAGCCGUCGUCCUACGGCGCCUACGGCCAGCAGUCGUCGCCCUACGGCGCCGCGCCGCCGCCGGCGUUCGCGCCCGCGCCCGCGCCGCCGCCCGCGCCGUCGCCCCAGGGCCGCUGCCGCGUGACCGUGCCCGCGAACGCGGGGCCGGGAUCCGUCAUGACCGUGCGCGCGCCGACGGGCCAGACCGUGCGCAUCACCGUGCCCGCGGGCCACUACGCCGGGUCGAGCUUCGAGUUCGCGUACGACGCCGGGGGCGGCGCCGGCGCCGCGGCGCCGCCCGCGCCGGCCUACGGCGGCCAGCAGGCCGCGCAGCGGCCCAUGGCCUCGGGCUCGCUCAUGCGCGUCGUCGUCCCCGCGAACGCCGGCCCGGGCUCGACGCUGACCGUCAACGUGCCGGGCAAGGGGCCCCACCGCAUCGUCGUCCCCGCGGGCUGCGCCCCGGGGCAGUCGUUCCAGUUCCGCGUGCAGUAG